AACUAUUUUCAUUAUGAUUGAAGGCGUGGCACAAGAGGUACUUUGUGUUGAGGGACUCAGUGAUGGACAACACAUCGAUUUUAGAAAUGCAUAACAAUCAACACGACAUCAAAGCCAACUGCACUCCACUCCUGGCCCUCGAGCUCAACGAAACGGUUCACAUCGGCAUUGCUUCCGAGUCCCACAGAUUCUCCAAUGUAUUGGUGUUGGUCUGUAACGGAAGGGCACCUCUACUGCUGGCCGCCGACGACGAAAUGGGAGCCCGGUCGUGGCUGUUGGCCCUGGACCUGACCGCUCAGAGCCGCAACACCGAUACGGGCCUAAUGUCGGUGAUGAGCACGAGUGCCAAAUACAUGUGGAAUAACAACUCGUGUCAAAACACUGUGUGUACGACACACUCGGACCGUCACAGCCAUCAUCACACGGCCGGCCAUCACACACACCACCAGAACUCCGAGUCCGACGACAGUACAAACGGGUCGGCCUGUAGUUGCGCUCCGGCUUUCGUACGCGAGUCGUCCGGUUUCUCAGACCCGACGCACGGCAUGAGUCGAUUG